AUGAAAUCCUUCAUUUUCUCUUCAGUCGCCCUUCUGGUUUGCUUAACUCCCGCCACCUAUUCUUGGGGUAGCGAAGGUCACCGUACAGUGGGACGUAUAGCGCAAAACUUUCUCACUAGUGAUGUAAGCAAUCAAGUGGCUACUUUACUUGGCCCCUCCGAUACGUUGGAAUCUGUGUCUACGUGGGCUGACAUAAUUAAAAGGGACCCUAUGUGGACUUGGUCCGCGAGACUUCACUUCAUUGACACUCAAGAUGAUCCGACGGCUGUUUGCAAUGUUGAUGAGACGGAAAUUGCGUUGUUGGAGGCAACCAUUGCCAAUUACACAACUCAAUUAGACAGUUCAAAUGGUUUUAGCUCCCAAGAAAGGAAUAUUGCACUCAAGUUUCUCACUCAUUUCUUUGGAGACAUAACGCAACCGUUACACGUAUGCGGAAAAGAACUAGGAGGAAACCAGCAUCUUGUCACAUUCGAUGGACGUAGCACAAACCUUCAUGCCAUCUGGGACACUGAUAUGAUCCGCAAACGACUGACUGAUUUCUCGAGUUCUCCUGAUAACGCUGUUGAAGCAUAUGCUGCAAACCUAACUGACACAAUCAAUUCUGGCAAUUACAAAGACAUUUCAUCUGGCUGGGUCUCAUGCAUAGGGGCGUCCCAAGAUGCUAAACAAUGUCCGUUACAGUGGGCAACGGAUAGCGACGCUCUAAAUUGCCAGGUCGUGUGGGGUUACGUUCUUGCUAAUCCAGAUGUGGACUUAGACGGUGAAUAUUAUAACUCGGUUGUUCCCUCCAUCGAUUUGCAGCUUGCUAAAGCAGGGUAUAGAUUGGGAACGUUUUUGAACCAAUUGCUCGGUAAAGGUGGAGCUAAAUUUUUGCUGGCGUAG